AUGGAGGCAGGUGCAGUCCUCCUGCUGCUCCUCCUGUCGCUGGGAGUUGCUUCGACCGCCACUUUUUAUGGAGACAGCCUUAGUUUCAUGCCUCCACAGAGGAACAACGACGGCACAUAUAAGGUGACCUUCUAUCAUCGACAAAACAGCAAAGGCAGCUGCAAAAAUGAGUCAACCUUCACAUGCGGUGAUGGAGUUUGCACAAACUUUGACAAGUCCAGCGUCCUGCCAACGGACCAGGAAAACGCUGCCCAGCCCAGGUGGUGUCAGAGCGAAGGACGCACAACAGCAACUGUCUCAACAACUAAAACCUCACUUUCGCUGAGCCGCUCAGGCUGCUGCUGGGAGUCGAAUGUGGCAGGAGACACAGUAGGCUGGACGAGUGGUGCAGAGCUGGACCUGGGAACUCGAUCUGACACCCAGAGCAUCAACAGCUGUCCGGUGACGACAACAGUGUCUUCUUUACGGGUCCCUCAGAACUGUCUUUCAAAGAUUCGUCUGCUGGCGUACGAUCCGGACGGAGAUAAAGUGAAAUGCAGUUACGCUUCAAACGCCACGCAAGCCCCGGGCAUCACUCUGGACGAGGCUGCCUGCACGCUGACCAGGACAGGAAACGUCACAACCGGAGUCCACCUGUUCGCGCUGAUGCUGGAGGACGUCACCACCAAAAACGUCACUGUGACGUACGCAGAUAAAACGACGGCGUAUCGGGACACAUCCAACACCGGUUUACCGCCUCUGUGCAAAGUGAAGCUGCAGUUCUCAUUGGAGAUCCUUGAGCCGAUCCCUAACUGUGAGUUGGGCCACGUCCAGCCGAUGUUCCUGUCCAGGACUCCUUCUCACGGCGCCGUUCUUCAUGCCACCGUGGGUCAGACGUUCCAGCUUUAUGCUCAAGCACAGGCGGACCAUUCCAGCAUCCUCGACUUCCAGGUCAGCGGCCCCCACAACAUGACCAAAAACUUCAAAGACGGUGAAUUGGGAAAAGCUGAAGUGACCAUGAGCUGGACGCCACAGCAGAGCGACCUCUACAGAUUCGUUCCGGUCUGCUUCACUGCAGAAGCAAAAGACACCCAAUCAGAGAUGAGGUGCGUUGUUGUCAUGGUGACCCAAGCGUCUAUCACUCAAGGUAAAGCCACAGUUCAGUGCGCACCCAACAAGAUGACGGUGGCCCUGGAGAAAGCUUCCAUGCCCGGCAUCGACGAGAACUUCCUGCAGCUCCGAGACUCGACGUGCUCGCUCACCUCCAACAACACUCACAUCAUGGGCGUCAUGUCGUUCACCACUUGCGGCACAAAACUCGAGGACAAAGGUGAUUUCAUCGUCUUCAUGAAUGAGAUCAACUCCUUUGUGCUGCCCAACGAGGUUAUAGUCCGCAGACAGACGGUGAAGAUCGACUUCUCCUGCCAGUUUCCCAAAACCGUCAGCAUCUCCAGCUACUACAACCUCCACAAGUCGGACUACAUCUUCACCGAGUCCAGCUUCGGCAGUUUCGGCUACACUUUCGAGAUUUUCCGCGAUGGCAACUUUACAAGCAAGGUGGAUGCCAGCGCCUACCCAGUGGAGGUCAAGCUGCUGGACACCAUUUAUAUGGGCAUUGAGGCGAAUUCAGAGCUGCCGAAUGUGACGCUGUUCGUGGAGUCGUGCAAAGCGACGCCCGACGACAACCCUGAUAACCCCAUCUCCUACGACCUCAUCAAGAACGGGUGUCUGCAAGAUGAGACACUGAAAGUUUACAGCUCACCUCAAACUGAGUUCAAGUUUCACGUUCAAGCCUUCAAAUUUACUGGAAACUACGACCAGGUGUACGUCACCUGCUCGGUCAUCCUGUGCGAACCUGAGAGUCCGUUCUCCAGAUGUGCUCAGGGAUGCGUGAAGGAUCCGUCCCGAAGGCGCCGCCGCCGAGGCCUGAGCAAGGAGACGGUGGGUCACUACAUUACCCAGGGUCCUCUGCAGUUUGUCAGGCAGGAGGUUCCCAGUGCAGCCGAGGACGAGCCGAACGUUGUGAUGCCGAAGAACGACGUUCCUGCUGCAGUGAACUCUGCGCCUGCUGCUCCAGAUGUCAAAUCAGGCAGAGGAAGAUUUGAGUUUAAGGCGAUGCUCUCCUCCAACGUCACCACGGUGGUGUUCGCCUCGGCCUUCUUGGUGUCGCUGGUGCUGCUGGCUGUGGUUGUUCAUCGCUACAGCAGGAAGAGGAGAGAGGAGGACAGCAAAGCUCUUAUAGUUCCAGACUUGGAGAACUAAACCCAGAUAAUCUCACAUUUACUUUUUUAUUAUCAUUUUAUUCUCUGAAAGUUCACCAUCUUAAAAAUCUCUCUUAAAACAAUGCUCACACGUCCCGAUGUGCAUGAAGUCAUCAUUUGUUCUGGUGACUAACAAAAUAAAAAUGAUGUGUAACGGACAGAACAGAGAAAAAAAGGACAAAAAAUAAGAACGUCAAUAAAAAUUAAGCAAAAGUGAAGAAAUUAUAAUCAUAACUAUUUUAAUCAUAGUACAAUUUAUUUAUAUGCUGCUUUUAAAGGCACUCAAAGACAUUUUACACAGAAGACCUGAAAGUAGAUUAAGCUCAGGACAUUAAAGCUGCACUGGAAGGUGGAUUAUGGAGAGAAUGUGGAGAGUUUCAGAAGAUGAAUGGAGGGUAGCAGACUGUUGUCAGGGUGAGGAGGUUAUGGAAGGUUUAGUGAGUGAUAUGAGUGAGUUUGAACUAAAGCUGCAACGAUUAAUCGUUUAGUUGUGAACUGGUAAAAUAAUCACUGGCUAUUCUGAUUAUCAAUUAAGUGGUUUGAAAGAUUUUUUUAAAGAAAAAUGUCACAAUUCUUUGAUUGUAGUUUCUUAAAUGUGGAUAAUUGUAACAGUAAAUUCAACAUCUUUGAGUUGUGGACAGAACAUGACGUUUAAAUUACGCCAUCUUGGGCUUUAGGUAACACUGACCGACAUUUUAACAUCCAAACAACUAAUCAAGAGUGAAAAUAAUCAUUAGAUGCAGCCCGAGUCAUAAAUAUGGAGAAAAAAUUGGAUAUUUGCUGAGGUUACGUGGUAAAUUUAUGGGGAAAAAAAAACUAAACAAAACUCAGAUAUUCUCUACGAUUGAAAUCAGAAAUUUGUGUGAAAAACCUCUGAUAUUCUAUGUGAUUAAAGUCAGCUAUUUCUGUGAUUAAAGUGAGAAAUUUAAAAGAAAAAAAAUCUCAAAUUUCUAAAAAAAAAAAAAAAUUAAUAUUCUUUCAGAUUAAGAAAAAAUGAUAUUUUCUGCAACUAAAAUUCUUAAUUUACAAGAAAAAAAAUUUGAUUGUUCUCUGCAAUCAUAGUCAGAAGAAGAAAAAAAAACUUAAUCUCGUAAAUUUACAAGAAACAAAAAUCUAAAAAAUUACAAGAAAAAUACUCACACAUGAACGCCUGACUGUUGUUUUAAGACAGAUUUGUUAAAUUUGUGAACGUAUCCUUCAAAGAUUUUCUGUUUCGAGCCUUUGUGAUUGGACAUCUAGCGACGAAUCAAACAAAACCUUUAACAUUCUCUUUAAAAUCAACCUUAACAUGUUGUUUUUGCAAAUGAAGAUCAGUUUGGCUUCUGUUUUUCUGUAGUUUUUUUUAUCCCUGUAAAUCACUAAUUACUGGAACAGCUGCAGCUCAGAGCUCACCCGACCGGUUUGAGACAUUUUGACAGUGGAAACUAAAUUCCAUCCAGACGGGUUCUGCUGGAUUGUUUCUUAAUGCUACUGUCCUUAUUGUGCCAACUCUCUGCAAACAGGUUCCCAGCAGUUCUCAGCAGGUGUAGAGGGAUUUGAUUAAGGGCCGUAAUACCUCAAUUAGUGCAAAGUCUGAACUCUGUUUGUUGUUUUUGGCUUGUUCAGGACUUAAUGAUCCGCCUUUCCACCGCAUAUAAAGCAGGUUUAUCCACAUAUGAAGAGCUGGAUUUUGUUUUGACAUCUUUAUGACCUGUUUUUACUGCUGCUACUGAUGCACAUCAGAGAAUUGAGAGGCGACAGUAGUACUGAUUAUUUUGCCUUUAUCUGGAUUUAGAUUUAUUAAUACAAUAGAUGCAUCAAAAUAAGUUUGUAGCAUUGAACGGCUUCCAUGAAUGCACAACUAAAACUCUUUCCACGGACGUAGUGAAGCAGAUCAGUGGAGCUGGAUGGUAUAAUCGUGUUAUUGAACUGGCGUUUAUUUACAAUAAAGAGGGAAUCUUUAAAGUCUUAAUCUCAUAAUAAA